AUGAACGCCCCGCCCCACAAGCUCAUCUCGCACCUCAACAACGUGUCGCGCAACCUCCGCGGUCAGACCGCGCUGCCAUACUCGCGCGCAUCGCUCGGCGUGGCAUCCACCCUCCUCCGUCACGGCCUCGUGUCCAACGUCACUCUCGGCACACCCACACACCCCAACCCCGUCGAGUUCCGCCAUCUGGCCCCACCUGCCCAGCGUGUCUGGGUCAACUUUAAGCACCGCAACGGUCUCCCCGUCAUGCGUCGCAUCCAGCUCGUUUCCAAGUCGAGCAUCCGCAAGUUUGUCUCCCGCGAAGAGCUUGGCCGCAUCCUCCUCGGCAAGGAGACGCGCAACAUUCACGGUGCCGGCACUGGCGACGUCUUUGUCGUCAAGGUCCCAGCUGACCGCUCUCUCAACCGCAAGGGUGCCGACAUCUACAUGGAAGGCUGGGAGGCAUACCGCGCCGGCCUCGGCGGGGAGGUCAUCUGCCGUGCGUCGUAA